AACGUCAAAUUUUGAAUUUCAUGUGGUUAAUGAUUGUUUUUUGCGUUAAUUUUUUCAAUUUAUUACAAAUAUGACUGCAAAUACGCUCACAUAAUUAAUGCUUUCGUCAUACAGAUUUCUCGUUAACCAUUUGAAAAAUACUUCCAACAUCAGGAAACUAUGGAAGAACCAACGUUACGUUAUGAGAAGAUAGACUUCUUGGGAGAGGGUCAGUUUGCAACAGUAUACAAAGCUCGAGAUGUAAAAACGGAUAAAAUAGUUGCAGUCAAGAAAAUAAAAAUUGGAUCAAGAAUGGAAGCUCGAGAUGGAAUAAACCGGACUGCUCUUCGAGAAAUUAAAUUGCUUCAAGAAUUGCAGCAUAUAAACCUUAUUGGACUUUUAGAUGUAUUUGGACAAAAAUCAAAUGUCUCAUUGGUAUUUGAUUUUAUGGAUACUGACUUAGAGAUAAUUGUUAAAGAUAGUAACAUUGUACUUACGCCAGGAAAUGUUAAGGCUUACACAAUCAUGACUCUGAAGGGUUUGGAAUAUUUACAUCAGAAUUGGAUAUUACAUAGAGAUCUGAAGCCCAAUAAUUUGCUAAUUAACAGAGAAGGCAUCUUAAAAAUUGGUGAUUUUGGGUUAGCAAAAGCCUUUGGCUCACCAACAAGAAUUAACACUCACCAAGUAGUCACAAGAUGGUACAGAUCACCGGAACUGCUGUUUGGUGCAAGGCAAUACGGAACUGGGGUAGAUAUGUGGGCUGUAGGCUGCAUAUUGGCUGAACUGUUACUAAGGGUACCCUUUCUGCCAGGAGAGACAGACCUCGAUCAACUUUCACGUAUAUUCCAAGUUUUUGGAACACCAACUGAAGAAAUAUGGCCUGGUAUGAAGAGCUUAACAGACUAUGUCCAAUACAAGCAGUUCCCAGCACAGGAGCUUCGGCAUAUAUUUAGCGCUGCGUCAGAUGAUCUGAUACAGUUGUUAGAGAGUUUGCUUUCCCUGUACCCGCCGCGUCGCUGCGACUGCACUCAGGCCUUGCAAAUGCCAUACUUUAGUAACAAGCCAGCGCCAUCUGCAGGAGCAAAACUGCCAAUGCCCACUUUUUUAUUCAAAAUGGAAUCGGAGAAACCAUCACUGAAAAGAAAACUAAUGGACAAUAUUGAUGGUGGAUCACUUGCAAAAAAGCUUCUCCAAUUUUAGACAUUGAACUUUGAUAGUUUGGACGUUUUAUAAUAGUGUAAUAUUACAUGCAAAGUGUGAUAAUUUUAUUAUUUUAUAGUGUUAGCACUGCCAUAUCACAUAAGGGGUGCUCUACCAUAAAUGGAGGAAUGUGUUGAAGUUUGGUGUAGGUGCAGACAACUGGCUUGACCGAAUAUCGAAAGAUGCUGAAUAGGUUUUUCCUUUGGAGACACCCAUAGACAUGUGCAAUUUAAGACACAAGGAGCUAAUAUUGUAAAUGAUUCCGAGAAGACUUUAAGAAUAUUUUGUGCAUUAUUUUAUGGAUGAUUACAUGAAGCUGGGCUUUCGGCAUCCAGUGGGGUAUAUAAGAUAAUUGUUGUAGGAUAAAUAAUAUUAAAAUAUAUAUUAGAUAAUUAA